UUUAUGAAAUGAUUAUUAAAAGUUUAUUUUUCAAUUUAUUUUCUUUCUUUUAUAAUUUUAGUUUGGAUAAAUAAUUAUUUAGUUGCUUACAAAUUUUAUAGUAAAUUGAAAAUAAAUUUAAAAGCAUUUUUAUAUUCAGCAAGCUAUCUGCAACUUUAAUAAUAAUUUAAAGUGGACCUGUUUAUAAAUAAAUAAUAAAAUAUGGACAAAUUUGCAACGUUGGUGCUAACUCUCGCCUAUUUACACUAUGCUCUAAGUUUCGAUUCGAGAAAUGUAGUAUUUGUAAUAGUAAGUCAAAGUGAGCCGUACCACGCAAGCGUCGCCGGGCGGCUCAAACAAGACAUCGAAAGCCAAAUUUUAGAGAUAGAUAAGCAUCAACCAAAUAUCCAUAUAACCCACGAAGACUUUCCCGUGCCGGGUGCAUGGACCAUAAUACCGCUGCUGAGGCCAUUAAUAUCCAGGUAUAAGGACACUGACGUACGAUGGGUAUUAUUCAUGGAGCCGCACACGGCCGUCAGGUGUCGCAAUCUGUUGCAGGCGCUGCACGCCGCUGACAAACAGGAGGAUGUAAUGUGGGUUGGUUACCCGUUGAGUGAUGAAGAACCAACCAUAAUUCAUCACUUCACUUUCUACGAGGACCUAGAGGAGGAGGGUGGGUUCGUGUACCCGAAUUUCGCAAGCGGUUUCGCCAUGAGGAUGCAGCUCAUAGCUUCAUUCCUCAAACAAGUUGAAGGUGGCGCACGUAAAUUGGAAGCAGAUUUCUCAAUAGAUCCAGCGUUUGAGCUCGCGCAACUGGUGUACGGUGGUGCAGACAACCCUGGACCUCUCCUCACGCCAGAGCUCAGCUUCUGUGUGGUGUCUGGUGAUAACUGUGCCACGUAUCCUCGCCAGUUCGAUAUAUGUGGCAGUGCCAUAUCUGAGGAAUCGAUAUUCUUCGCUGUAAAGACUUGGAGUGGCUUCCACUCCACCAGAGCGAAGGUGGUGAAGAAAACUUGGGGAAAACAUGUGACCAAUCUGUUGUUCUUCAGCGAUAAACCGGAUCCAUCCCUCCCCGCCAUAGACACGGGCGUGCCAAACUCCAAAACAGGACACUGUUUAAAGACUGUCUCCAUUUUGAAAUACGUGGUCAAUAAAGUUCGAGAUAUGCCCCACAUAAAAUGGAUAUUCCUCGCUGAUGAUGAUACCAUACUGGGUGUUCAGAGACUGUGCGAGGUUCUAAGUUGCUACCGGGGCGGUAGUGACGUCACUAUAUUAGGGGAACGGUAUGGUUACGGCUACGGGAAAAAGGAGUCCGAUGGUAAAGGUUACGACUACAUAACUGGCGGUGGCGGGACGGUGCUAAGUGUCCGCGGUGCGCAGCUGGUGGCGAGCUGUGCUUGUGGCGGCCGCUCCGCUCCCGACGACAUGACGCUGGGCGCGUGUGCCGCGCACCGCCUCAACAUCACGCUGGUGCACUCGCCGCUGUUCCACCAGGCGCGACCACAAGAUUACUCGCUUGAGGUGAUCGCUCGCGACCGUCCCGUCUCAUUCCAUCGCCACUCGUCGCCAGAACCUCUCAGGGUGUACGCCACAUGGUUCCAGCAUGACGACAUGGCGCUGAAACGGAAACGGACGAAAGACGAGCUUUAGCCGACUGAAUAGAGAUCAAAUUUAUUUGUCACUAGUUACCAAAUGCGGUUUCAAAUAUUUGAUGAUAUUUGGAUAUAUUUUGAACAUGUUGGAGGAUAUAAAAGCGUAUCAGAUAUGUUUUGCUAAUCUUGUUUUAGGAUGAUUUGAAAUAUAAUAUGUUCCCUAUGGUUGCGACCAGGGUUGGCAACUUUCGAAAGGAUCAACCCGGGAGAAAUUUAUAUUUAAGAUUUUUUUUAAGGGGGGGGGGGGUUUAUUAAAAUAGAAAAACCGUAGAAAUUAUUGCGUUCUGGCUGGUCGGAAGGUUAACCAUUAUUACCAGAGUCUCCCGGACGGUCCGAGAGAGUAGGCAACCCUAGUUACCUAAGAUAUUGCAUAAAAUAAACAAUGAAUGCGAACUUUGUGUUUUAAAAAUUCUAGGAAUGCAAUAUGUGCAGAUUUUAAAAAGAUGGUAAGUAAAUAAUGAAUGUUUUAUAUUUGUUUUCUUUUAUAUUUAUCUAGUUUUAUAUAAAAUUAGUCAUUAAGUUUAUACAAGUUAAUCCUAAUAUGAUAUGUUCAUUAUAUCUAAAUUUUUAAUUAAAAAUUUAUAGUCCAAAACUUUGUUAAACAUUAGUUGUAAGCAAAAUUGUCGGCAAUAAUAAAUCUAUUAAUUUAGAAAUUAGUCAUCACGCAUAUUUACUAUUUUUACUUUUUAAAAUUGCUCUCUA